AUGAGCAGUGGAGGAAGAUUACCUUCUUUGAAUGACGGUACUUUGUCAAAAUCGAGUGGUGCACCAAAGCCAGCUUUAAAAUUCAAACCAAAGGCGGUCGCCAGGAAAUCAAAGGAAGAGAGAGACGCUUCUGUGGCUAAGAUUGCUGAUGUGAGUAAGAGUAAAGAGAAUAAGAAAAAACAGUUUCAAAAUAAAAAAAUUGAUCCCAAGGCCAAAGGUAAAGUACCUAGGUACUUGGAAAAUACUCAUGUUAUUUCAUCUGGUCCGUUGGCUGCUGGAAAUUUCGCUGAUAUGAAAGAAGAAGCAAGAGGCUUCACAAAAGUGACACCCUCUGGAUUAUCUCACUCCAUAUGUAGUCUUUCCAGGUCUGUCAAGCAAGAUCCCAAUUCUUCUGAUGAGUCAGAUGUUGACAUGGAUAACGGGGAAGCUGUUAGUAACACAAAGAUACUGAAAAUCAAUUUGGGUAAAGAAUUCGAUUUGGAAGAUAUGAAUAACAUGCAUGAUGAAGCCGAUGAAGUUGAAGAAGAGAACGAUCAAGAAGUUAAAAGCGAUUCAAAUGAACAUGAUAAAGAAAUUACAAAGAAAAUUCAAAGAUUGUUCCCUGUCAGACCAGUGCGUAUAGCGCACGAGGACAUCGACAAUGUUCAGAGAGAAAUUCAAAAUUAUGCAUCUGCACCAGUUAGUCAUAAUGAGAUAACUUCUUCCUAUGAAACGAAAAUAAAGUUAGAAAAUGAGGACUCGAAACCAAUUGUAAACGAAAAUCCAACAGAUUUAAAGAAAUAUAUAAUGAAAAGGCAAGAACUUCUUGAUAAGAAAAUUGAGCAAUUGGAAAUUAAUGAAGUUCAAUCGUCAGAUUUGGUGGAGUCGUCAAAGGAGACGCUGUUAUUAGAAGAUGAUUAUAGAUAUCUUGCAAAGAAAUUGGGGACUCUUGAUAAUCAUCCUUCAAAAUAUAUGCUAUUCCAACUCCCUUCAAAGUUACCAAAAUUUAAAGAUUUAUUAGAAAAAAGAGUCAUUAAUGAAAACAAACCAGAUAAAUUUGACAAUAAAAAUGCAAAUGGUAAAAAACCACUAGUUCCAGUCCCAGUCACCCCAAAAGCCACGGAAGAUAAACUACCAACAGGUAACAUUGGUUCCCUUAGAAUUCACAAGUCCGGUAAAAUAUCUAUGAAGAUAGGUAAUGUCGUCAUGAAUGUACACAGAGGUGCAGAAAGCACUUUCUUACAAGAUUUAAUAAUGGUGAAUAAGGACGAUGAAGAACCAAAUGUCAACGUUAUUGGAUCGAUUGAUACUAGGAUUGUUGUGACACCAAAAUUAUGA